CCUCAACGUCCGUUAGUUGAGCUUCGCCCCGAACUGCAGGCUGCAGCCGGGGUUGCUUGGCCGUUAGUACUUGAAUGUUACGGACAACAACUGACAAAGCGCUACGACUUAUUUUAUUCAAAUCAAUUUUAUUUUAAGCUAUAUUUGAGCGGAGUGUAUGAAGUUUACUUUUGACAACAAAACGCAAAGUACCUUUUUUUGGGCUUUUAAAAAAAAAAAAAUUCGACGUUGGAACAGCAGCAAUUGUACGGUGGUCGGUUAGCAACAGGUGUGGUGGUUGAGGAAACGAAAGGUCCAUAUAUCGUUGGAAGCAGAUCUGUUGAGCUCUGAUGCAGCUGAGAUAUUGAAGACGUGUUGAUGUCAGCAGACAAGAUGAACCAGGAACAGGUUUUAGCAAGGCUGAAGAACGAUGUCCGUUCCUUGCUCAUUUCAUCUAAGCAGGGCUUGGACCCUGAUCAGCUCAGGAAAGACUAUAUCGCCAUUUCUGGGCAUCCCAUGCCUCUGAAACUCCUGGGCUUCAGACACAUCAUGGAUAUGGUGAAGGAGAUGCCUGACGUGGUGUCGAUUAACUUCAGGCCAGAUGGCAGCACAUUCUUAAAGGCUGUUAGCGACGACUCCACCCAAAACAUUGAGGAGCUGGUAGCGAAGCAACGUGUGUCUAAAUCUAAAAAGAAGUUCAGUAGGGGAGAAGUCAGCAAUUACUCGCCCCGCUACUGUCACAAGUCCCCUGCUGUGGUCCUUCCCAGGAGAGGUCGUGCUCCUCCGGCUGUCCCAGCCCAGCUGAGAGCAAAGCUCUACAUACUGCUGUCCCAGGGUCCAAUCAGGUUGUCCGACCUGGAGUUUAGCUUCAUGCACUGCUAUGGCUACCCGCUGCGUGUCCACAACUAUGGCUUUUACUCCACUGGCGAGAUGCUGGAUGGAAUGGCGGACAUGGUUCUGAUCCAGCAGAGCAGGCUGGGCUCAGUUAUUACCCUGAGGCAACAAAUGCUGCCCAGACCGCUGGUCCCACCUACCAGCUCACCUAGGAGGACUGGACCUGUAAAGUCAGAAUCUCUUGGAACUGACAAGUCAUCAUUCAAAGGGACAGAAACCAAAACGCAGACACCAACAAAAUCCCCAGUCUCAGAGAAGCAGAGCCCUUUGACCCAGCCUGAUACAAAGACUACCUUGGGCCCUGUUGAUCAAGAGUCAUCAACUCUGAGUAACAAGCCACAAGUAGUUGACAAGAAUAAGGAAGGGGACUCAGAGCUCUGUCAGGAUGCUCAGCUCUUUCAGAAACGUCUCCUCAUGCUGGAAGAGGAGCUUCGCCAGCGAAUCCUGGAGAAUGGAGUUGCUGGCACCAUUAGUCAGGAGCUGAAGGAUAAGCUACGAAAGGUUGUAGGUCAGACCAGUGGUGGAUUAUCGGUGCACGAUCUGCCUGCUGAGUACAUGAAGCUUUUUGGUGAGGAUGUUCCUCUACAACAGAGCGGCUUUGUCAGUGUCACUGAAAUGGUCAGUGCCAUGAGUGACACCUUCCAUCUGAAACCUGUAGUGGGUGACAAUGGGCAGCACUGGAUAGUCAUGGACAUACAGGACAGUGUCAAUACACAAUCAGACUCAAAAGUGCCUGAGAGUUUUGCUAACAGUGGGAAGCGGCCAAGGAGCUACUAUUUCAGCUGUGGAGAGUCUCCUUGGAAAGGAAACGUGGAAGGAGAUGAUGAUGAUAUCACAGCUGAUGAUGAGAAUGAGGAGCUAGAGACCAGUAGCAAUUCCAAAACCCACAAAAUGCUGUCUCAGUUGUACCCUGUCAUUCAGGGACAUUGCAGCCCUGUGGUGCCCUUAGAUGCCCUGCAGAGUCAACGUCUCAAACCCCCAACACGUCAUGGUGCUCGUGAGCUGGCAGUAGUCCUGGUGGAACAUGUGGAGUCGCCUGGACAUUUCUACAUCCGCUUCAGUGAGACUGAGGAGGCCCAAGCGAUGCAGGAUAUGAUAAUUGAGAUGAGACGAUGCUAUACCCAUCCUAAGGUGUCUGAGCGCUACAGCCUCCCUGAGCGAUUUGUUCGACAAGGUCAAGUGUGCUGUGUGUCGCCCAAAGGGAUGUGGUUCUACCGGGUGGUGAUCCAUCAGAUCAUCAGCCCCACUCAGAUCGAGGUGUACUACGUGGACUUUGGCGAUAUCACUGUGGUACAGAGCUCCAAACUCAAGUUUCUAAAGUCAUGUUAUGCGGAUCUUCCGGCACAAGCAGUUCCGUCAUCACUUGUUGGAAUUCAACCCACCACUGGCAGCUGGACUGCUGAGGCAAAGGAUUCUUUCCACAAGCUGUGCAUCGAUCGCACCCUGGUGGGCGCUUUGGAUUGUUACACUGGAGAUGUGCUUCAGCUCUACCUGUGUGACACACAUAGUGAUGACGACGUCUACAUCCACUCUGUCCUGCUGAGCCAGGGCCACGGGACAGCCUGCAGCCCUGCAGCCAGUGCAGCAUUGUGUGUCCAUGUUCGCCCAGUGAGUCUCUAUCUGGGGGAGGGAAUGGUUGACCUGCCAGAGGUAGAAGAGGUGGACGCUGUUUCACCCAAGCAAACAAAUAUGCUUGAUCAGUUCAUGUCUGCUUCACCGAAGGUUGAAGAUGAAGAGAUGCCCGCCCUGGAGUUUAUUGAGGACAAUGAGGUCAGCCCCCAUAUCCAGGGUAUGGACAUCAACCCCUUCAAUGCUCUGCUAAAUGAUCAAACCAUCACCUGUGGUGAAUUUGGCUGGGCCCUGACCAAAAAAUCGCCUCUGCACCCUUCCUGUCCGACCUCCAACCCUCUUACCCCUCUCACCCCUCCGGAUUUGAUACAGACCCAGACAACCCCAGCUCACUGUAAAGCUGAUCCUAACGUUCUGAGCAUGACUCCUCCACCAACCCCAGCCAGUAUCACUCCCAGCUACUAUCCAGGACCAGAAAAGGAGCAGCACCAGCCCAAAUUCACUGCCGAGUUGUUGGCCAAGCCACCUCCACUCCUGAGGACCCUGAGCCUCCACACCCCGGACCUGGGCCAAAUCCACAACUGCACUCAGGGUGUACCAGUGUCUCCGCUCCACCUGAGAAAGUCUGGCAUCCUAUUUCCUCUGUUUGGGGCCAGGUAGGUCGUGUCUCCUACGUCCACCUGAAGGAGUCAAAACCCAGAGGAAGGGAAAAAAAUGUCUUCACUAUGACUACUAAUCUCAUAUUGUGACACUGCAGUUUUGGAAUAAUUUUUGUCAGCAAGCACUUUAAUUAUUUACGGAAUUGUAAAACGUACUAAAAGCAUUUUUAUAAGAAGUUAAUUUUAAUCUAUUCUCGAUUAGUUAAAUUGUGUGUUAGGCUUCUGUUUGUAAGUUUCACCUCAGUAGCACUUUACUAACAGUUUAGUCUUGGAAGGCAAAAAGACACAAGAAAUGGAUGGCUGUUCUUUUUUAAAUGUGACUUAGCUUGUGAAUGCUUUUUGUUUUAAAACAAAACCAACAUUUUUUUCUUCGUUUGAUUUUC